CUAAUUCCCUUCGCCCACUCCUCGAGAGAUACGACACUCGGAGAGAAAACUAACCCUUUAUUGGGAAGGUUUACUACCCGAAAAACUACAAUUGUCAAAUGGCGCCAUUGCCGGGGAGUGGCACGACAUUAGUUUAAUUUCUUCUGAUUAGCUUGGGUGAAGAUUGGUUAGAAUGAUCUUCUCACUUUCUUUCACCAACCACCCGUAAUAAUUAUUAUGGAUAACCCUAGUGGUUAUUACGGUCCGCCUUCUUUCUACCAAUCACCUAACCGCCCUCCGUUUCAAACCCAUCCACCUUACCACCCGCAUCAGAACCCAUACGAUGAUGACUACCAAGUCAACAAUGGGUCUGAGUACUAUCCCUACCAUGAGGAACCACCAUAUGAUACCCCAUCUGAAAACUUUGGAUAUUCUCCGUACCAAGACUCUGAUGGCGAAGAUUAUUAUGAACCUCAUGGUGAUCACGAUGACUAUGACCGCAAUGGGCCUAUAUACGACGAUCAAGCUGAUCCGCUCGUCGAAGAAAUAAUAAGAUUAGAACAGAAAAUCUUCUAUUUCGACGAAGUUUUAUUCGCUGAAGGCUCCUGGUAUGAACCACCCUACUCCCGUGACUAUACCCUGUUUGCCAAAGAACAAAUUGAAGCAAACAAGGUGGCAAUUCGAGAAAGAGCGAAACUUCUUGAAUCAGUCCGGAAGGAAAAGGAGUUCGAAAGGAGAUUAUGCAAAGGAUCAGAUAUGAUGCAGAAAAUGAUGGAUGACUUCCAAAGAGAGAGACUAGAAGCCGAGGCUAAAGCUGAUAAAUUAGUCAAUGAUCUCUGUAAGGCUGUUGAACUUAAACGCUCCUUCCAAUCUCAAGAUCCACAAUUGGAGGAAGUUAAUGCUCAAAAAGAGGCUCUAGAACCUAAGACCAACCCUGAACCAUCCAACCAUCAGGUGCAAGUUCUAGAGGAUUUACCUGGUUUUACACCAUCACAGAAACCCAAGAGCAUAACAACUCUCGCUAGGGCUACUGUGGUGAUGUUACCUAAAUCCCUUCCUAGCCAAGUCACAACCAGCAUAGUCGUACAUGAGGUGGAACCAACUGAGAGACCUCACUCAAAACCACCUACGCUCAUUCAAGAAAAGGAGGAGGAAGUUUUGCCUACAGCAAUAAACGACCAUCUCCUUAAUUGUGUUCAAGACACACCUCCAGAGGAACCUGUUCUGGAGAAAGUAGAACCCAUUACCUGCCCCCAAGGUUCAAUUAAGUCCGAGCAGGAAUCUACAGACGAGGAAAUGGAUGUUGCUUGGAUGAUUCCGCAUGGAAACCGCCGCACAUUACAGAACCUGGAAGAGCUCACCUUGCACUCAGAGGAAGCAAGGAAGAAGUUUCUCACUUGGGGAAACACGAAGAUGCUCCAGCCUCCCAUGGUGUUAGACCCUGCCUAUCUGGAUGAACUAGGGCACUGGCAGGACAUCGAUGAGUUUCUGUACAACCCAAAAUGGAGGAUCCUGCUGUUCCUGCAAGCACCAGCAAGCCUGGAAGUCACCAUUGAGUUUCUUUGCUCUCUCCGCUUCCACAAUGACGGAGAGGAAGUAAAGUCAACAGCUGAGGUCACCUCCACCACCAAGGUCACAUUCACUCUAAUGGGUCGACUGCUGAGCCUUACUGUGGCAGACUUAGAGUGGCUGAUUGGUCUUUACACACUUGACGAGACGCGGAGCUUGGCCUUUGCUAAUCUGCCCGACCAGUUGGAUCUGGAGUUCGAUGUGAGGAAGUUCUGGAAAGCUCACGGGUAUGGGCGAUAUCACAGUGGAGCAAGCAUAGCCAAGAAUUGGGUGCGUCCGUCUUGGAGGAUUUUACACCAUGCAUUGACUCACAGCUAUUUGGGCCAUUCUCGUGACUCCGAUGUAGUGUUUGAUUCUGAUAUGCUAUUUUUCUGGAGUCUGGAAGCGCGCGUACCAGUCAAUUUAGCAACUUUUGUGGCCCGAUUCCUAUUUACUCAGUCGACUAGCAACCACCAGUUUGUCUUGUGUGGGCCAAUGGUUACGCUUCUGGCCCGAGGAUUAUGUAUGACAGUCCCUAAUGUUCUCCCAGAGGCUGCAAGCAUAUUCCGACCAUCGAUAAGGUAUUUAAUCCAGAUCGCUUAUAAUAAGGAGGACAAGGAGGCACGCCCCAGAAAGCAGCAUAGAAUUCCCAUGACCCUUCGUGAGCUUUCACAGGCUAUGUUUGCAUUCCAGGAUUCUGUAGACUCUCGCUUAAGGAGCAUGGAGACACUCCUCCUCACGCAACAAUGGCAGGUGGAGGAAAUACUUGAAUACACCCGGGAACAAGGAACAAAGAAGGCUGAGCAUGGGGCAGGUCCGAAACAAGGAAAACGUCAGGGAUAGUGAGAUCCCUCAUUUCUUAAUACUG